AUGACACCAAAGAAACAAAGUACAAUAAAUAGUUUCUUUAAAUCAAGUAAUAAAUCAAGCUCAGAUGUGAAUAAAGAAUUACAAGAAAUUUCAAAAUUACUGAAAGAAACAGAAGGUAAAUUUUCAACAUUCACAUUUAAUAAAAAUGAAAAUAAUAACAACCAAAAGAAUAAACCAAAUGAAAUAGAUAAGAAUAUAAAUCAAGCUAAACGAACGUUGACGGAAACUGAAUCACCAUUAAACUCAUCAAAAAGAAGACAUAACUCUAAGUCUCAAACAAAAUUAACACCUUUAGAAAAACAAAUUAUUGAAUUAACUGAAGCUAAUCCAGAUAAAGUGUUAUUAAUUCAAGUUGGUUAUAAAUAUAGAUCAUUUGGUGAAAGUGCAAAAAUUGUAGCACGAGCUUUAAAUAUCAUGUAUAUAGAAAAUGAUUCAGAUGCGAGAUUUAGUUAUUGUUCAUUUCCUGAUGUUAGAUUACAUAUAAAUUUACAAAGAAUUUUAAAUGUUGGUGUUAAAGUUGGAGUUGUAAAACAAAUGGAAUCUGCAAUUGUUAAAGAAGUUGAAAAAUCAUCAAAAUCAUCAGAUUUAAUGAAGAGAGAAAUUACUGGAGUUUAUACCAAGGGUACAUAUAUGGGAGAUGAAUUUAUUGAAUCAAAUUUAGUACCCAAUACUGCAGAACUGGAAAAUCCAAGUUAUAUAAUAUGUAUUUAUGAAAAUUUAAAUGAUAAAGUUUCAACAUUAUUUGGAUUAGUUGCUGUGCAACCAUUAACUGGAGAAAUAAUUUAUGAUAGUUUUACGGAUAAUUUAACUAGAGAAGAAUUAGAAACUAGACUAUUAUAUUUACGACCUAGUGAAGUUAUUGUAGUUAAUAAAGAAAAUGAUAUUAGUUCAAGUACUUUAAAAUCAUUAAAAUUAAUUAAUCGUGAAUUAAAAUUUGUUCAUAAACAAGAACAUUCAGAUUUUAAAUUAAAUUUAGAACCUCAUUUAAUUGAAUAUUAUACAAUUAAUUUCCCAACAUCAAUUCAAAUUUGUAUAUCUGAACUAAUUCAAUAUUUAACUGAAUUUAAAUUAAAUAAUAUAUUUUCAUUACCUCAAAAUAUAACAAAUUUUAAAGAUUCAAGAAAAUAUAUGAUAUUACCAGCAAAUACAUUAUCAGCAUUGGAAAUUUUCACAAAUUCAACAAAUUCAGACUCUACAAAAGGAACAUUAGUUUGGUUAUUAAAUCAUACUAGAACAAGAUUUGGUAGUAGAUUAUUGCAUAAAUGGAUAUCGAAACCAUUAAUAGAAAGAAAUAAAAUAGAAGAAAGAUAUCAAGCAAUUGAGGAUUUAGCAAGUGGAUAUAAUCAUGUGAUUGAUUCAUUAAUGGGUCAAUUAAAUAAAAUUGGUAAAAAUUUAGAUCUUGAAGAAUUAUUAAUAAAGAUACACUAUUCUUCAACUUUACAUUCAACUAGAAUUAAUAGAAAACAAGUUUUUUUAAUGAUUGAAACAUUUAAUGAUUUAAGAAAAUUAGUUAAAUCAUUUGAAAAGUCGGUGGUUUCAUUAAAUUUAAAUUCAGGAUUAUUAAAGGAAAUAUUUCAAGAUUUAUUAGAGGCUUCAAAAUCUCAAGUUGUUGAAAAUUUAACCAAUAUGCUUAAUCCAUCAUAUUUACUUAAUGAUUCAAAAGAUAUAAAUGAUCAAAAAAUUACCUUCUUCAAUUUAAAAUAUCAAGAUGGUGGAUUUGAUAAAAUUAUAAAUGUUAAAAAUGAAAUUAAAAAUGUUGAAUUUUUACUAGAUGAAGAAUUAAAAAAAAUUAAACAACUACUUAAAAGACCACAAUUGAAAUAUAUCACAAGUAAUAAAGAACCAUAUUUAAUUGAAAUUCGAAAUGGUAAACAAGUUGAAGAAUUACCUUCUUCAUUUAUAAAAAUCAGUGGAACAAACUCUGUCAGUAGGUUCAGAUCAAAAGAAGUUUCUGAAUUAUAUAAAUUAUUACAAUAUCAUCAAGAAUUAUUAGUUCAAAGUUGUGAUGAAGCAUUUCAAGAUUAUUUAUUAAAUAUUGAUUCUCAAUAUGGAUAUUUUCAUAAAAUUGUAAAACAUUUGGCAAAUUUUGAUUGCUUAUUAAGUUUGACAGCAGCAAGUAAUUUAAAAGAUAGAAUUAAACCAAAAUUAACUGAUGAAUUGAUAAUUGAUGUCAAAAAUGCAAAAAAUCCAAUAAUUGAACAAAUUAGAGAAAAUUAUGUAUCUAAUGAUAUAAAUAUUCAAUAUGAUUCAAAUAGAGCAUUAAUUAUAACUGGUCCAAAUAUGGGUGGUAAAUCAUGUUAUGUUAGAACUGUUGCAUUAUUGGUGAUUAUGACUCAAAUUGGAUGUUACAUACCUUGUGAGUCAGCAAGUGUGGGUAUUUUCGAUUCAAUUUUUAUUAGAAUGGGAGCUACUGAUAAUAUUUUAAAGGGGAAUUCUACAUUCAUGACUGAAAUGUUAGAAUGUGGACAUAUAAUAAAUAGAAUAACAAAUAGAUCAUUGAUUAUAUUAGAUGAAAUUGGAAGAGGUACUGGUACAAUAGAUGGAAUCGCCCUUGCUUAUUCAAUUUUGAAAUAUUUAAUUGAAUUACCUCAACAACCUUUAUUAUUAUUCAUAACACAUUAUCCAUCAAUAUCAGUAUUAGAAUAUGAAUAUCCAAAAAUCGUUAAGAAUUAUCAUAUGGGAUUUGAAGAAAUUCAAACGGAUUCAAAUUUCCCAGAAGUUGUUUUCUUGUAUACUUUAGAAUCAGGAGUUGUAAAUAAUUCAUAUGGAUUAAAUGUUGCGAAAUUGGCAAAUAUUCCAAAUGGCAUAAUUGGAAAAGCAUUCGAAAUAAGUGAAGAAUUGAAAAAUAAAAUAGAAUCAAGAGAUCAAGUAAAUUUUAUAAACACGGUUAAAGGAGUUCUUGAUAAUGAUGUAAACGCAUUAAAUAGUCUAACUAAUUAUCUAAAUUAA